CCGCUGCUCCUUUCCCCUCCUUCUCUCACUACCGGUCCUCCUCGCGUUCGCCAAUAACUGGAGCACCUCAUCCUCCUCGGCCAUCGCCACUAUUUGCUCUCACUCCUAUCGAACUGCCCAUCGCUCUCCGUUAGUACACUGUCUCAUCGCCACCGUCACUCACCGUCGCUCACCGUCUCAAGCCCAUUGAUUUUGAUUUAGGUGAUUGUUGCAUCUGAUGGGAUUACUUUGGACUCAAAAUAGGCCGAAAACACUUGGUGUAACGGAAAAAGAAAAGGAAACAUUAAUAAAUUUCCUCUUAUUAUAGCAAGAGACCUUUUCUAUGGUGAUUGUGAGUGAUGUUUUCAACAAUAAUUGUCCUUAUUUGAAACCCUUAAUUCUGUCUGCAUGUUGCCACGGUUAAUGAAAAACCUUUCAUUUUAAUCCAAUCAUUAGCCACCCAGCAAUUUGAAACUAAAACAAACCUUAGUAUCCUUCUUAUCUUUUUGUCACUUGUUUUUCUGCUUUUUGACAAAUGGACACUUUAUGUAUUUGCUGAUGUCCAUCUUUUGUCUUUUUGGAAUAAAUAUAUGCAAGUACUCGUAAAUUCCUUUUGCAGUGUACUAAUGGAUAUUUCACUCAUUAACCUAGGUCAAGAAAAUCUGUCUAAAUGAUCCUAAUGCUACUAACAAAUUGAAGGAAUUGCAGAAAGCUGUAAUGAAGCUCAAAUUUGAAGAAGCAAUUGCUGUACCUGAGUCUAAAAGGCGUUCAAUAGUUGAUUCUAUUGAUUUCCAUUCUAUAGCAAAGCUAGAACUCCAGCAAAUCAGAGAGGUGGAGCCACGGUAUGAUGGUGCAAGAAUAGAGAGAGAUGUUGUAACUUUAAAUUUUGUGAAGAAAAUGAUGGAUGACUUUAAGAAUCAGAAGUUCUUACACAAACGUGCUGUCUCUUGUUGAUAUAAAUAUUCCAAAUGGAAAGCAUUUCACUGUUUGUGGUGAUGUACAUGGUCAGGUAAUUAUUUUACUCUGAUGUCCUUAUAGUGGUAGAUUAAGUGCAAAAUAUAGCUUUUCAAUGUAACUUUUGUUAGCUCUUGACCCAUAUUAGGUCCUCAUUUAUGGUUUCAUUAUAAUUUUUCUUUGUUGUGGCUGUGUAAUAGCGGCUUGCCAUUUAGUUUGUGGCGUUGAAGAUAUGUGCUUAUGAUAGCAAGUUAAACAUGUACAUUGACAAUCAAAAUUAUUUUAGACGGAUGAAACCAAAGGUACAUGUCUUUCAUGGACAUGCGAGAGCAGAUUGGCUUGUUGAUGCAAAGCAUGCACCGGGUGGGAAAGUGAGAAUUUUUGGAAUUUUACAUAGGGUUUACUCGAGUCCUUGGGUAAUAAGGUGUUAGGUUGAUUCAAGUUCUGUUUUGCUGUCAUUUUAGGUUGACUCUGGUCAUGUUUUAUAUCUUAGUUGUCAAAGGUAUAAUGGUAAUUUCUGGAUUUAUCGGACAUGGGUGUGGUAACAGUGGUAUAUGGUUCUUAUUUUAGGUAUAUUCAUGUUAUUAGGUUGUUGUAUGUGUUUCUAAGUAUGAAAUGGUUGAAUUGUCAAUGAUUCUUAUUUUGGAAAUCUAUUUCUCAUAGAAAUGGGAAUAGACCAAUAAAUAUUUAUUUACUCAUUUAACUCAAAGCGUUGGCCUUUAGGAAAUUUGAGAUUCUGUCAUGUGAUGUAUUAGCCCAGGGUGAAGCAUGGGAAAUCUACUUAACAUUUUCUUUUUUUAUUUUCUUCUUCAGUUUUUUAUGCAUAUACUUAAAUGACAAUAGAGUAUUGAAACCUAGCAACACAUACCUCAAUAAUAAUGACAAAAAUAAUAUGCAACUUUACUUUUCACAAGUUACUAGUUGCAGCCCCUUGACAAUCAUUUUUAACUCUCAAAACAUGCCAUAUUAAGCUUAAUCAACCCAAAUGCUUUUCCUUACAUUUUCCUGUCAAGAAUUUCAAAAACAAAUAACCAAGGAUAUUCCACCUAAUUUAAAUCUGCAUUCACUCUUUUAAAUGAAUAUUUCAAAUGAAUAUCCAUUCUGGUCUCCAUAUGCUUGUUGGUUAGAGUAAAUUAGCACAGCAAGAUUGUGUAAAUUUUAUGAAGCCUAACUAGAUUACUAAUGCAAUUAAAUUUCCUUCCAACCUAUUUUGAGACUAGGAACUACAUACAUUCAUUUAAGUUAAUUGAAAAAAAGUUAAAAAUAAUCCGACUUAGUCAAAAAAUGGUGUUGUAAAUAGGACAUGGCGUUGUAGCGUAUACGUAAAUAGGAUAAAUGGUAUGUAAAUAGGACACGGUCUUGUAGUUGCCAUAAAUGGAAAAAUACUUAUAAUUAUGUAGAAUGAUUACAUGUAAAAUAUUACUGGUUGCCUAAUAUAUGCAUUCAAGUUUUCCAAAUUUUUAUUUCGUAUAUAUUUGAGUAUGCAAAACUAAUGAUUAAUUUGAAAAGAUUAAUUAAGUUCGAGUUUUAUAUGUUUUUUUUUAUAUAUAUAAUUUUAAAAUGCCAAUAUUUAGUCAAUACUAAUGAUUAAUUUUAUUUUUGCAAAUGAUUUUUUACGUAGAAUUGUGGAUAUGACUUUUUUUGACAAAUACAGAAGGACAUUGUUUUUAUACCUCCGUCCUUAUAAUGGUUUGUACAAAUUAUUUUUUUGGCGUGGUAAAUAUCUAAAAUUUAGCAUGGUACAAAUUAGAAAUUAGUAGAAAUUAGUUUUGGGGUGGCAUAGAUUAUCUUUUUGGUGUGGUACAGAUUUCCUUUUGGAUAUUAAAUUUGGUUAAUCCUCUAUUAUGUAUGGAACUAAAUUUUUGGGGUUUUUCCUUCUAUUGCUUGAGUAUGAUCUGUUACAGCUAUAACUUUUGUAUAAUCUUCAUGUUAAAUAUAAUUAAAU